AUGGCGACGACACUAGCUAUUCUACCGGGCUCCCCCCGCCCGGCCCGGCUCCAACUGAGGGGUCAUGUGCUGAAGGGCAAAAAGAGGUGCGGCAAGAAGUGCAUCUCAAAGAACGAGCUAUGCUGUGGUAACGGCAAAAAGAAGUGCGGCAAGAAGUGCAUCUCAAAGAACGAGCUAUGCUGUGGUAACGGCAAAAAGAAGUGCGGCAAGAAGUGCAUCUCAAAGCACGAGGUGUGCUGUGAUCACGGCAAAAAGUUGUGCAACAAUGAGUGCAUCUCACACGGAGAGCUCUGCUGUGAGCACGGCGGAAAGAAGUGCGGCAAGGAGUGCAUCCCACACGACGAGGUAUGCUGUGGCUCCAGUGGGUUUCAUUGUAGCGUCGAGAACCCAUUCUGCACCGACAGCCCAAGAGGAUGCUCCAAGUGUUCCAAGGGAACCAGUUGCUGCGCCGACGGGUCGACCUGUGAGGGGGAUACGCCUCAGUGCACCGUCGACAGCGAGGGCCAGACGAUGUGUUGUGCCAACGGCCAAGUUGGAUGCAGAGGGAAAUGCAUUCCCAAGGGAUCUACUUGCUGUGCCAACGGGUCGGUCUGUGGGGGGUAUACGCCUCAGUGCACAAUCGACGUCAGUGUCUUCGUUGACACUUCCGGCGGCGCCGUGUCCCAGACGGUCUGCUGCGCAUUUGGGCAGAAAGCUCUGGGCGGCAAAUGCUAUGCCGGCAAUGCAAAGCUUAUGCCGUGCUACCAGAAUCCUGUGUGCGAUUGGGGCGCCGGGUACUAUUGUGCAUGGAACCAGGGCAAUGCGGAUUCGAAGUGCUGCAAGCUGAACGAAUACUACAAGGGCACCCAAUGUGUUCCGAAGCCUUAUUGA